ACCCCUUCUGUUCCCUCCCUCUCCGGUCCCUCGCUAUCAGAGGAAGCUGUCUGGGCUGCGAGGAAAGGGCAGUGAUCGGCUGAUGUCCCCGGCGGGGCCUGCGGUGGCGGUUAGGGUUUCGAUCUCAAACACAGUAGAUGAAUGUGAAAGAGAUAAAAAAAGAAAAAGUCCCAGGCCUCUUUCUGCAUAAUCGUCUGUCUUGUUAGAGUAUGGAUUAUGAUAGCAAACCAGACUAUGAGGUUUCCUCGAAAUCUGGCCAUCAAUCAUCAUCAAUUGAUGAAGAUGCAAGCUCUGAAUCAACUGGGGCUGGUGAUGUUUCAUUAAUUUUCCAGGUUUUCAUUGAGAAACUUACCCCAAUCCUCACUAAAAUGAAGGAUGACAAGAGUCUGGUCGGCGAUCCAACAAUCCAGGAGGCAAUUCAGUCACUGGAAGCCGAGUAUAUGAGCGCGAAUGUGUUGUCUGAAAGCUUGAGCAAUGGACAUUCGCUGCCACAGAAGCUUCUGGAUGAGCUGACUGAGAAUCUGGAGAGGUCUCUAGGGUUUGUGCUAUUUGCGAGCCAUGGCGUUCAAAUGGCCAAGAAAUCUGAGGCUGAGGAUUUGAGGAAUGAGAUUUUGAGUUUACGGUCUAAUUCCAGAUCGGAGAAAUUCUCGGAGUUCUAUUACGACCUUCACCUGUCGCCGGCUGAAUUUGUGGAAGAGGAUGAUGACAGGACACUGCUAGAUGUUUGCAGUCUUGUGCUGCGGCUCAAAUAUGGCAAUGAUGAAGAGCUUGAGCAGGCACUUUUUGGGUUGAAUUUGUUGAUCACUGAAAGUAAUGUUGCAGAAGAAGAAGAAGAAGAGAUUAUCCCAAUUCUAUUCAACCGGUUGAAUUCAAGUACGUCGAACAACAGAUCGACCAUAAUUCACACACUGAGAAGGCUGGUUGAUCGGAACAAUGACAUCAAGGGAAAGAUGGGGGACAUAAGAUUCUUGUCCACACUGGUGAAGUCAUUGUUUGGGGACAAAUAUGAGCAGAGAGAGGCAAUCAUGCUGCUGUCCACUCUCACUGACAUUGCCGUUGUUAGAAGAAGACUUGGCAGAAUUCCUGGCUUCAUUGUUAUGUUGGUUGCCAUUUUCAAUGGUGAUGACGCCGCGGCUUCCAAUGAUGCAGGAAAUCUGCUGGAUUCCCUCGCAACCAACAUUCAGUAUGCUAUUCACAUUGCGGAAGCUGGUUACUUCAAGCCUCUUGUGCGCUACCUCAAAGAAGGUUCUGACAUGAGGAAUAAGGUCCAAGUGGCAACAGCUCUAUCGAGAAUGACCCUCACGGAUAAAAGUAGAGCUUUGCUAGGAGAAGAUGGAGCGGUCGAAUCACUAGUGAAAAUGUUCAGCAAGGGGAAUUUCGAGUCUAAGCAAUCGGCUCUUAGCGCACUGCAAAAUCUCUCUGGAUUGAGAGCAAAUGUCGAACGCCUGGUGAAUUCGGGGGUGGUGUUGACCCUUCUUCAGCUUCUGUUCUCUGUCACGUCGAUCCUCAUGACUCUGAGAGAACCAGCGUCUGCGAUUCUUGCAAGAAUUGCCCAAUCAGAAGGGGGUUUGUUAGUGAAGCCGGAUAUUGCUCAAAAGAUGCUUUCCCUUCUGAACCUGACCAGCCCAGUCAUUCAGUGCCAUCUCCUGGAAGCACUCAACAGUAUCACUUCACAUUCAGAUGGCUCCAAUGUGCGAAGGAGAAUGAAUGAAAAUGGUGCAAUUCGGCUUCUGUUACCAUUUCUGGUCGAAACCUAUCCCAAGAUCAGAACUGGUGCCUUAAGGUUAAUCCACAUUCUUCUCUCUGAAAACAUGCAUGGGGAGAUGAUGAUGACAGAACAACUGGAUGAAAGUCAUGUACAUAUUAUUGCCAAGAUUUUCUCUGAUUCGUCAUCGUCUGUCGAAGAAAAAGCUUCUGCUGUAGGGAUCCUAAGCAGUUUCCCCUACGCAAUCAUAAACGAAAACUUGUUACCCGGUUUGGUCUCACUGAUCAGUUCAAGCCCAAACACUUCGCCAGCCAUCUCAUCAAACAUGGCUGAGAAUAUCGCAGGUGCUCUUAUCCCUCUCACACACCCUUCAGAUAGAAAAUGUCAGCAUUAUGUUGCUGAGCAAGGGGCCAUUCCUGCCCUCGUCAAUCUCCUGUCAUGCGAUUCGACAUUAGCCAAACACAGAUCAGCAAUUUGUCUGGCUCAGCUGUCACAAACCUCGCUGUCCCUGAGGAAAUCAAGAAAACAGAGAUGGUUUUGUGGCAUGCCAUCUGUCGAAGGCUUCUGUCAAGUCCACGACAGCCACUGCUCUGUCAGGUCCACAUUCUGCAUUGUCAUGGCUGGGGCAAUCACCCCAUUGCUCCAAAUCCUCCAAGGGGGCGAAAGGGGGGCAGACGAAUCUGUCCUGAGCUGCAUCGCGACUCUGGUGGAGGACGAAAUCUGGGAGAAGGGGUGCGAUUACUUGGUCAAGAAAAGGGGUGUCCCUUUUCUGAUCAAGGUUCUUGAAGUUGGAAGCGCCGUGGCUCAAGAGAAAUCUGUUUGGAUUCUGGAAAGAGUUUUCAGGGUUGAAGCAUACAUAAUGGAACAUGGCGAGUCAGCCAAGCCAUUGCUUGUUGAGCUGACGCACAACGGUCAUGCAACGUUGAAACUCAAGGCGGCUAAGCUACUGGUACGGCUCGAGCGCUAUUGAAAUUUGUGAGAGAUACUUUUGGGUAGUAAAUGCAUCAAGAAUCUAAGGAAACAGUCUCUGUUUUUACAGGGGUAAGAUAGCCUACAUCUUGAUCCACAGAUUCUAACUAUGUGGGGAUUAAACUGGAUUAUAGUGGGUUAACCUGGGUUUGUUGUAUAUAUACAUUGUAUAUUCAGAGUGGAUCAACCAAAUUAAUGACUACAACUAUACCAUUACUUAUUUCUUAUUCUCUUCAAUGUUACAUGUAGUAAAUCAAAAAAUUCUCUUGGG